UUCUUCUGUCCGCCACGCGACCAUGCCGCCCACGCUCAGCCUCAACCGAGUCAGCGAAGUCUAUUUCGAGAAGCUCUUUGUGGCCAAGAACAACACCGCGCUCGCGGCCGCCGUCAAGGCCAAGGUGCUCCUCGUGGACAGGGCCACCAUGCCCAUUAUCUCCAUGAGCUUCUCGCAAUCGCAGUUGCUCCAGCAGGACGUGAUUCUCAUCGAAAUGCUCGAGAACACGUGCGGGCUCUCGGCCAUGAAACACCUCAACUGCGUGGUGUACAUCAAGCCGCAGCGCAGCUCCAUUGCGCAGCUCUGCGCCGAGUUGGGCCUGCCGCACUAUAGCCACUACCAGUUGUUCUUCAGCCACACCGUGGCCAAGGCCGACUUGGAGAAAAUCGCGCUGGCCGACGAGUACGAGGUCAUCAACCAGGUGGCGGAGGUGUUCCAGGACUACUCCGUCAUCAACGACAACUUGUUCUCCAUCCAGGCGCCCGACACGGCGCCAGGCCCUGCGCAGAACGCCUCCGUCGAGGAGGCACGGAGCUUGCUGAGCUUGCUCUUGUCGCUCAGCAAGUGCCCCGUGAUCCGCUACGACGCGGGCUCGCUAGCACUGAAGCGCUUGGCGUCGGAGGUGCUCUAUUACAUCAACUCCAACUCGAACAACAACCUCUUUGACGACGUGAACCGCAGCAACGACACGCCGCCCACGCUCGUCAUCUUGGACCGCCGCGCGGACCCUCUCACGCCGUUGGUCACGCCCUGGACGUACCAGUCCAUGGUCCACGAGCUCAUCGGCAUCACGCGCAACGUGGUCAAUUUGCCCGAGUCCGGCGAGCAGCUCACGUUGUCCGAGACGCAGGACGCGUUCUUCCGCGAGGCCAUGUACUUGAACUACGGCGACUUGACCGACAAGUUCCAGAAGCACGUGGACGACUACAAGAGGCAGACCAAGCAGUCGUCCAUCGAGAACUUGAAGACGCAGGACCUCACGGAGCUCAAGAGGAUCUUGACGCGCUUCCCCGAGUUCAAGAAGUUGUCCAACAACAUCUUGAAGCACUUGAACAUCAUCAGCGACAUCGACCGGCAGAUCGGCGCGCAGAACCUCUGGGCCAUUGGCGAGCUCCAGCAGACCAUCGUGUGCGACUUGGAGAGCCACCCGCAGAUCAGAGCCCGCUUGAUGGAGAUGGUGUCGGACGCGUCCGUCUCCACUCUCCACAAGGUCAAGCUCCUCUUGCUAUAUGUGGCCAAAUACCCCAGCCGAACGGCGGACUUGGACUCGCUCGUGGCCAAGCUCGGCGACCCGGUCACCACCAGCCCGGCGCCCACUCUCUCCCAGCUCCUGCUCCUCAAAAACUUCAGCAAACAUUUCCGCGUGCACUUAGAUUCGGCAGGUCCCGACAGCAACUCCCCGGAGAACAGCAACAUCGGCCAGUUGUUCAACAAGAACAAAAUCAAGAUCCAGCAGCUCUUCAACACCAACGUGGCUCUGAACGCAAACAGGAUGCCCAAGAACGACAACAUAUACAUGCAAUACGUGCCCAAGCUCGGCGACAUCUUGGCGCUGUUGACAGCGCCCGCCAGCAAGGCCCAGCUGCACAGCAGGGAAAACACCCCCGAAUCACUGGACCUCGCCAUGCUUGUGCCCGACACGGUUGCGGCCCAGUAUGGGAGCGUAGACAGGUUGGCCACAAACGAGAUAAUUGUCUAUUUCAAGGGGGGCGUUACAUACGAGGAGGCGCGCUUGGUCCACGACUUGAACGCACUCACGCCGGACGUCAACUACAUUGUGGGCGGGGACCGCGUGUUGAACAGCGCACAGUGGGUCGACCAGAUGUGCGACGAGGUCAACGGCUCGCGCGGCGCCGAUGGGGCGCAGCCAGACCGAAGAGCGCAGCUCCGCGAGAUUCUAUGAGUGGAAUACGAACCAGCGAUCCGGCAAGACUCCCUGAGAUCGGGGAGUCAAGAAAGUAGUGAAUGUGACGGUAGGAACUUAGGUGGAACCGAUCCCGUAGCGUGUCUGCUCAUGGCGCGUACUUGCCAAACCUCUGCUCCCAAGCUAGAAUCUUCUCCGUGAGGUUCUCCAUGAGCUUCGAGUUUUCCUCGACCAGCAAGAGCAAGUUCGCGCCUUCCACGUUGGCCUCCUUGAACU